GAUAAAUAGAUUACAAAAUCAAUCACAGUCACUCCUUUGGCAACUGCCUAAGAGACAAGCAGCAUGUCUGUUGACCAGAGAUUCGGACUUCUAAUAUGGAUUUUAGAAAUAAGUCUAUUGGUGAAUGGAGUUAUGACAAGCCUUUCAGGGGCCACUUUAAACAGAUUUUCAAGAGAAGCUGGGGCCCCCGCUCCUGUAGACUGCAACUUGAGCUCCUGGAGUCAAUGGUCUUCAUGUAACCCUUGCCAAAAGGAAAUGUAUCGUUCACGGACCAUCGAGACCUUUGGCCAGUUUGGUGGAAAGAAGUGCCUACAUUCUUUGGGAGACAGGCGUAGCUGUGAAUCAGCUAGUGUCUGUGAAGAUGAAGAAAAUGAUUGUGGAAAUGAUUUUAAAUGUGAAACAGGUCGAUGCAUUAAAAAGCGGCUUCUAUGUAAUGAAGACAAUGACUGUGGAGACUUUUCUGAUGAAGACAAUUGUGAAAAAGACCCACGUUCUCCAUGCCGUAGUGACACAGAACUGUCUGAGCUUGGCCGGACAGCUGGAUUUGGGAUCAACAUUUUAGGAAUGGUUCCUUUGGAAACCCCCUUUGACAAUGAGUAUUUCCAUGGUAUCUGUGAGCGAGUUCGAGAUGGAAAUACUGGGACCUAUUAUCGAAGGCCCUGGAAUGUGGCAACUCUGAACUAUGAUACCAGAGCAGAAAAAAAAUUCAGAACAGAGACCUAUGAAGAACAUAUACUUCAAAUAGCAGAGACAUUCCAAGAGACAAGAACAAUUUUUGGCAUUGACCUAUCUCUAAAACUCACGUCUACAGAAGGCCUUUCAGAUGUGCUCGAUGGGGUGGCUUCAUUUGAUUCUAAUGUUCCAGAAUUUGGGGAAGAUGAAGCCAGAGCUCCAAAACCCAAAAUGCUUGAAGAUGAAGCUCCUGGAGAAGAAACACCCAGAGAAGGAGCUCCUAAAGGUGAACCACUUGAAGAAGACUCUGAUCAACGGUCAAUGUCACAAAAUUCUGCUCUAUCAUUUCGAUUUAGAUACUCAAAAAAUGAAAGUCUCCACCGUAUCAAGUUCUAUGCCUCAGACAAGACAAAAAUCUUUUUACGUGUGAAAGGAGAAGUUCAGCUUGGAAGAUUCCAUAUGCGAAAUCGAGAUUUUAUGUUGAGAAACACUUUCCUGGAUGACUUAAAAACUCUGCCUACCAGUUAUGAAAAGGGAGAAUAUUUUGGGUUUUUGGAAACUUAUGGAACUCAUUACAGUAGCUCUGGGAACAUAGGAGGAAAAUAUCAAUUGAUAUAUGUGUUGGACAAAGAAGAAAUGAGCAAGAAAGGUCUUGAAGUACAAGAUGUGCGGAGAUGCCUUGGAUUCGAUCUGGACUUCUCUUACCAAAGUAUAAUUGAUUUCGAAGGCAACAUAAAGCAUUCUAAGUGUUCAGCAGUAAACUCAAGGAAGUUAGAUGACCAGGGCCACAAACAUGUUAUAGAAGAUGUUAUUUCACUCAUAGAAGGAGGAACUCAAGAAUAUGCCACUCAACUCAAGGAAAAGCUGCUUCGAGGAUCCGAGGUAAAUGUGACCGAUUUUCUCCACUGGAGCACUUCCUUAGAGAAAGCACCUGUCCUCAUCAAUCAAAGGCUAUCUCCAAUAAGUAAUCUGGUUCCAGUGAGAAUGAAAGACGCACAUGAAAAGAGACAAAAUUUAGAAAGAUCCAUAAAUGACUAUGUUGCUGAGUUCAGCGUCCACAAGUGCCAGCCCUGUCAAAAUGGAGGGACCAAAAUGCUGUUGGAUGGGGAAUGCAUGUGUGCCUGUGAAGUUGGUUUUCGGGGAACUGCUUGCCAGAUCCAGUCGGUUGUUUCAACGAAUGGCUGAAAAAGAGGACGAGAAUUCCUGGUCAUGCCAGUCUCCACAUAUGGAAAGGGGAAAAAUUGCCAGGACUGGCAGCCAAUAUAACGAUCCAACCCCAGGUCUUGGGAGGCAACCUGAAGCAGGAGGAUGCAUGUAGAAAAGCUUCUAUGCACAUAACAGUCUAUUCAGGCCCACCUCAUCUAAAUCUACAUUGAUUUCUCCCUUCUCUGAACCCUGAUCAUUUUUUUCAUUUUGUGCUUUUCCAGGGUACAAUGUCAUAACUGAAGGAAUACAAACAUGUUUAAAUCCACAGACAAAGCCAGUCUCUUUUUCCUGCCAAUAAAAAAAAAAUGAGAUAAUAUUUUUUAAAGAGAA